AUGGUCUACUGGCUGGUGUUCAGUAGCGCCAGCAUCGCAUUGACAUUCGCAUGGACCUGUGGUCGGAAACGGCGCAAAUUGGCCAAACAGAACUCGACAAAGGAGGACCCAGCUUCAAGUUCGAACAGAUCGAUCAGAGCAACUUCGAAAGAUGGAAACUUGUCGUCCAAGAAGUUUGAAAUGAGCAAAUCCGACAAGAAGAAGGCUAAGAAGGUGGCUGGAGGCUUUGGCUCUACUAAGGAAGCCAAUCCGGUGAAAGUCAACCGGUCGUUGCGAAUUCAAAGGACACAGGACGCCAGUAAUAGGUAAGGACCUUGUUUUAGGUCAUUUUUAGUGUAAGUCGGGAUAUAGGGCUUUCAAACUUUUAGAAAAUAUGAAAUAGGGUAUUUACUAGCUUUGUCAUAACAAAUUUGCAUAUUUUUCCUUUUGUAAAGAAAGUUAUGGGCCUUAAAAACCAAGUUUUGCCUUAAAAACUAAGUUUUAACACUUUUUUGGCACAGUAAAGAAAGUUUUUGCGACUUUUUUUAAAUCUUAUUUUUUAGUGAUUCAGAAGCGAUAAAAUCCCGUCUGAAAGAUGUGAAUGCAUUGAGUAAGAAGUUGUCCCAGCAAGAGAAGAAGAAGACCAAAGACGACAGGUCGGGUAGCAGUAAAAAAGAGAAAAAAAAGCGAUGAAGCCGGAUCAGACGACAAAACCCAAAGUGACAGUAAUAAAAAGUAAGUUUUAACAGCAUUGUUGUGUUUGUAAAGAAAGUUUUGCCUUUUUUAUUGAAAAAAGUUUUUUUUAGAAAAACAAGCAAACCCUUGAGAAGGCAUGAAGAUGAUGUUGAUGAAGCCAGUAAAAGCAUAAAACCGCCAAAGACAGAAGUAAAGAAGAAAAAAACAAAAGAAAAAGAGAAGAGGGAUUCUAGACGGUAGGGUUUUAUCUAUAAUUUUAUAGUUUUUGAAGAAAAAUUAAUGAUUUUAGGCUUUUAUGGGGCUAAAAUUUGGAUAUUUUAAGUAUAGGUCUUGGAAAAGCGAAAUUUUUGAACAUUUUGGAAAAUUUUUAAAAAAGUUGUACACACAGUUUUAUAAAGCAUAAAUAGCUGUAUAAUAUGCCAGAGUUUUGUAAUUUUAUUUAUAUUCUAAACAAAAAGUUAUGGUGCUUCGAAGUUUAAAAAAGUCUAAAUUUUCCAAGAGAAAUCGAACUUUUUUUGAUUUGCGACCUUUUUAAUUGGUCAUAUCUCUAUCAUAAGUUUAGAUAGGGAUAUGCAUUUUGGACGAUAAGUAGAAUAUAAGCUGCUUUAAAAGAUCUAUUAAUCAGAUUUUUUGAAAAAUGUCAUAAUUUCUAAAAUUGUUUAUUUUUCAGGCCAAAAUCCACCUCGUCUGGAACAAUAAUCGUGGAGCCGGAAAGGAGAGGUGACAGAACGCCAGGAACUGAAAGUUUGAUCAGUAAAAGGUUUGCACUUUCAAGCGAAAGCUUGUUGCAGGUAAGUAUGAUAUUAUUUUUGAAAUUUUAGAUAUUUUUUUAAAUUAAAAAUUUUUAAAUUUCAGGGCAAGUCGGACUCUUCGAAUGCCACAAAUACCUCCAAUUCAACGGCGACGAAUAUAAGCACGGCAAGUUUAAAUGUGAACAGUGCUCCAAGAGCACCACCGGUAGCGGGACAGGAAUCUCAACCAGAAAUGGUACCGGUUCUUGGCAGUAAACAUCCACAAUAUAGGACAUUACCGUGAGUUAUUGAAAUAUUAUGGUUUGUAAAGAAAAUUUUUGCGACUUUAUGUUUUGUAAAGAAAGUUCUUUCUAUUCUUGGUUUUGUAUUGAAAAUUAUUAUUAUUUUAGGCUUUGGAAAGAAAGUUCUUGCAAUUUUUGGUUCUCUAAAGAAAGUUCUUGCCAUUUCAGACUUUGUAAAGAAAGUUUUUGUUUUCAGAGCCACAAACAAGACUACAGCAUCGCCAGUGAAGAAGAAGAGGCUUGGAUGGUUUCGACGAAAGACCAAGACUAAAAAGAAGUGA